AUGGCUUCCGCCGCAGCGGCUGCCCGGCGCGGCCGGGGGCGCUGCCUCGCCGCGGCCCUCGCGCUCGCCGCCGUCUGGGGGCUGCUGGAGGGCUCGCUGGCCUUCCUGUCGGCGGCGGGCGGCGGCGCGCGCCCGCGGGCGCUGGGAGCCCCGGUGGCGAGGAGGCCCCGCGGUGCCUCCAGCCGCCCCUCGCGCACGGCGAUGGGCGCCCGGCCAGACUUCACCCUGGAGGUGGGGUGCAAGGUGAAGGCGAUGUCCCCUGACGACGAGCAGUGGUACCCCGGCAGGGUGACGGAGGACGCUGGCGCGGGCAACUGGGUAGUUCAGUGGGACGACCCGGACGGCGGCCCAGAGACAAACACGCUGACCGAGGAGUACAUCAAGAAGAUCAUUAUCUUCAAGGACUAUCAGGUCGGCGACGAUUGCAGGGCCAUAUCUCCCGACGACGAGCGUUGGUACCCUGGCACGGUAGCGGAGGCGCUGGGAGAGGACAAGUUUCGCGUGAAGUGGGACGAUCCCGACGGAGGUGAGGAGACCUCAGAGGUCCACUGCGAGAACAUGAAGAAGGUCAACGUUAAGCGAGACUACAAGAAGGGCGACGAGGUGCUCGGCAGAUUUCCAGAGGACGGCAUGAUGUACCCAGGUACGGUGAUGAAGCAGAACAAGGACGGCACGUUCGUGGUCAAGUGGGAGGACCCUGACGGCGGCCCAGAGCAGUCCGACGUGAGCCCGAAGGACAUGAAGGUCCCCCCCAUCCCGUUCGACUCGCUCGAGGUCGGCCAGGAGUACCAGGGAACCGUGCGCUCCGUGCGGGACUUCGGCGCCUUCGUGGACAUCGGGGCCGAGGGCGACGGGCUGGUGCACAUCUCGUCCAUCUCCAGGGAGCGCGUCGAUGACAUCUACUCGGUGCUCGAGGAGGACCAGGAGGUCAAGGUCUGGAUCAGCGGCUUGCGCGACGACGGGAAGUUCGGCCUGACCAUGAUCGAGGGCAAGACGGACGGCGCCCAGGGGCGUCGUGUCCAGAGCGACGUCACCCCCUUCGAGGGCGUGUCCCCGGACGAGUGGUUCGAGGGCGAGGUCGUGGGCACGCCGUCCUUCGGCGCGUUCAUCGUGCUGACCGCGGAGGACGGCACAGAGGCGCAGGGCCUCUGCCACGUGUCCCAGAUCGCCGACACGUUCGUGGAGAACAUCAACGACUACGUCUCGGUGGGCCAGAAGGUGAAGGUGCGCGUCACGUCCGUGGACAUGGACGCGAACAAGAUGAGCCUGAGCAUGAAGGAGGGCGGCGGCUUCGGCGGCGGCGGGUUUGCCCCCUCGGAGCCAGCCGACCUCAGCGCAUUCGAGUCGAUCAGCCCCGACGAGUGGCUCACCGGCACGGUGGCCAGGUGUGCUACCUUCGGAGCCUUCGUGAACGUGAAAUCGCCAGACGGCGCCACGGCCGACGGCCUCGUGCACAUCACGCAGAUCAAGGACGGCUUUGUGGAGAGCGUGGAGGACGAGCUCGAGGUCGGGCAGGAGGUUCAGGUCCGCGUGGUCAGCGUGGACACCGGCGCGGGCAAGAUGAGCCUCUCGAUGAAGGCGGAGGGCGAAGAAUGA